AUAGUGGGAUCUGAAAAAUUAGGGCUUGAAGAGAUAAUACAGUUUGGUGAUAUGGGGGACUCUUCGCCAGAAUAUGAUCCUGAUUAUGCGCGAUUCGCAACGGAGAUCCGAGCGCUAUUGAAGGAGAACGGAGAAGAUAAACAAACGUUCUCCUCCUCCUAUGAUCCGGCUGAUGGAGGGUGGUCCACAUACGUUACAGAUGCCAACGCUUUCUUUGCAGGUAGAAGAAUAAAACCUAAAGCAUGGCGCGUUCAUUAUGACAGAGGCCUCUGCGCUAGACUGGCACUUUACUGUUACAAUCUUCAGAAUGGCACAGCUUACGAUUUUCAGGUUAUCAUUCAGAUACAUGAGCAGAAUCGCCUUUCCUUCACCAAGUCUUUCAUAACAUUUGACGCCGUUAAUCCAUCCGACCCUACUUCUCCCCUCACUUUCGAGACUUGCGUUAAGCAUAUAGAUGAUCAAGUUACACACGUCCCCAAUUUGUGGUGGGAGACUCACAUUUGCAGGGUGGAAGGUAGUGAUGAGGCUGAUUAUGAGUGGAACGAUGGAGCAGUAAAUGAUUAUUACAAAGGUGAAAUGCCUAAAUGGCUGUCUGAUGAAAAUCAGCAACUAUGCUAUGUGGUAAACUCUUUUGCUUUGCGUUUAGUAGUCAAUUCAUAUAUGCACAAAAUCAUUCAUGUGUUCCAUUGUUGACUAUUGGGUGUGUGGAUCCAUAGGUUAAACAAUCUGUUGGGAAAAAUUACCCAAUAUCGAUGAGAUGAAAAUGGGAUUUAGACAACUAAGAGAUUUAAGAAGAAGAC